AGGGCAUUUUGAAAGAUUAGGGGGACGGGAACGCACAUUAGACACCACCAGUCAUUUAAGGCGGGAAUCCAACGGUUUAAAACGACCCCCUUUUCUUCCCAACUGCAUCACUCUGUUAAGGUUAAAUGCGACUCUCGCUUUCUCUCUCUACGCCUCACGCCUCCUUCCUCCGCUUCACUACUCUCUCUCCAACCCCGCCAAUGGCGUCCGGGUCGAACUCUCUGGUUUGGUUCCGGAAGGGCAUUCGGAUUCACGACAACCCGGCACUUGAGUACGCCGCCAAGGAGUCCAGCUACCUCUACCCGGUCUUCGUGAUUGAUCCGCGUUACAUGGAGCCCGACCCGACUGCUUUCUCCCCCGGAUCGGCACGCGCUGGAGUGAACCGGAUCCGGUUCUUGCUCGAAAGCCUGGCCGAUUUGGACUCCAGCCUAAGGAAACUCGGUUCGCGGUUGUUGGUGCUUAAGGGUGAACCCGGCGAGGUUCUGUUUCGAUGCUUGAAAGAGUGGGACAUAAAAAGGCUAUGCUUUGAAUAUGACACAGAGCCCUACUAUCAAGCUUUAGAUAUCAAAGUUAAGAACUAUGCUUCUGCUGCUGGUAUUGAAGUCUUCUCUCCUGUGAGUCAUACACUAUUCAAUCCUGCAGAUAUCAUACAAAAGAACAGUGGAAGGCCACCAUCAAGUUACCAAUCAUUUCUAAAGAUUGCUGGGCAGCCUCCUUGGGCCUCGUCUCCCCUCUCAACCACCAUUUCUUCACUUCCUCCUAUUGGAAUUGUUGAAAAUUGUGGGAUUUCAAACGUUCCAACUCUCCAAGAACUUGGUUAUGAAGAUAGUGGACAGGAUGAAUUGACACCAUUUAGAGGUGGCGAAUCAGAAGCAUUGAAGAGGUUAAGAGGUGCAAUGGAUGACAAGGAGCGGGUGGCAAAGUUUGAGAAACCAAAGGGCGACCCCUCUGCUUUUCUAAGGCCAGCAACUACAGUUCUAUCGCCCUAUUUGAAAUUUGGUUGUCUCUCUUCCAGAUAUUUCUACCAAUGUAUUCAGGAUGUUCAAAAGAAUGUCAAAUCGCAUACCUUACCGCCAGUUUCCCUUCUUGGACAGCUGUUAUGGCGUGAUUUCUUCUAUACUGCCGCUUUUGGCACUCCUAACUUUGAUCGAAUGAAUGGUAAUAGGAUAUGCAAGCAGAUACCUUGGAAUGUCGAUGAUGAACUGCUGGCAGCUUGGAGAGAUGCCAGGACAGGAUUCCCUUGGAUUGAUGCUAUCAUGGUCCAGCUUCAGAAAUGGGGUUGGAUGCAUCAUCUAGCACGGCAUUGUGUUGCAUGCUUUUUAACUCGUGGAGAUCUGUUUAUUCAUUGGGAAAAAGGACGCGAUGUUUUUGAGAGACUUCUGAUAGAUUCUGAUUGGGCUAUUAAUAACGGAAACUGGCUCUGGCUGUCAUGCUCAUCAUUUUUUUACCAGUACAACCGCAUUUAUUCUCCAAUUUCUUUUGGGAAGAAGUAUGAUCCAAAUGGUGAUUACAUUAGGCAUUUCCUUCCGAUAUUGAAAGAUAUGCCGAAGGAAUAUAUUUACGAGCCAUGGACAGCUCCAUUAAGCAUCCAAACCAAAGCAAAGUGCAUAAUUGGAAAAGACUAUCCUAAACCAGUGGUUUCCCAUGGCACCGCAAGCAAAGAAUGCAAGAACAAGUUGGCCGAAGCGUACGAGUUGAACAAGACACGAAAUGGCGCAGUGAACGAGGAAGAUCUUAAGAUUUUAAGGAGAAAGUUUGAGGAGAAUCAAAGCCAAGAGCCCAAAUCCAAAAGGGUGAAAAACAAAAGCUGAAUGCCGAAGGCCACAACUUGAGAAAUAAUGGUUGUUAUUUUAAGCUGCAGUGACCUCUCAUUUAGUAACUUGACAGCAAGUUUUUGUAUAUUACGCUCAGUAUUGGAGUAAAUGGCAACUGAAGAACUGGAUGGUACUUGCCAGGAAAAAAAAUUAGGAGAGGGAUUUGCUGACUUGAAGAUUUGUAAUGCAUGAUCUUACUUCUUACAACAUGGACUUGGAACAUGGAAGCUAGGUUUUGUUGUGCUGAAUCUGUUGUCAAUGUGAAUUGAGUGCCUUGAUGACUUCUUCCGCAGCUAUUCAUAUUGGUUACUUUGCUGGAUUUUGUUGUUAAAGUGUACUUUUAAGGGGUUGAACAGAUUUUUCUUUGGUUUGGUUAGAGUUCAUGUCGGCAUUA